AUGGAGACUCAAGACGCCAGCAGCCUUCGCGUCGCCUCGUUCUCGUCCUACAUCGACAAAGGCAAAGAGAGCCUAGUCCACCGCGUCUCCGCCCAAGACCACACCGACAUGACCAUCAAACUAUCCCACAAGGCGGCCAAUCCCACCCGCGUCGACUCCUUCUCCUCCCGCUCCUCCGACCCCAACCCCAACCCCAACUCCGCCUUCUCCUUCUCCCACCUCACCCCCAAACACGCCGCCGGUGAGAUCAGCGUCUUCGGCGCCGACCGCUACUUCAACAUGAAGCUCGAGUACCAAACCGCCGCCACCAAAACCCACCCCCGCCGCCCUCCCACCCCGAGCCUCUGCUCAGAAUCCUCCGCCCCCACCACUUGCCACAGCCAAACCACUCUCCUCCCUUCUAACCAAUCAUCCAAGCAUAAAAAAACCUCAUCCCGAAUCUUCACCGGAUUCGGCUGCAGAACCCCCUGCUUCGGCAACAAAUCCGUCCAAAUCGACGAAAUUAAAGAUCGCCAUCAAAAUCACCCAAUCAAGAUGAUCCAAGACAUAGAAGAGUCGCGGAAAUCCAUCGAGGUAUUCGGAUCCAGGAAAAUUAAGGACGCAAAAGGAAGCGAAGUAGCAACAAACAUGGAGAGGAAGCUGUCGAUGCUGACAUGGGACGCGAUUCCGAAGGGGGGGAAUAAAAAUCUCCCGACUUCAACGACCGGGAGCACUAGCGAAGUUGGUGACGUGGCGAGCGUGGCCAGCUCGGAUUUAUUCGAGAUCGAGGAAGUUUCUGGAAGCAUCUACCCGCUCAUGCGAGGUGCGGACAACGACGACGAGCCGAGCUGUAUGAUGAGCCCAGCCACGUCGCUGUACGCGCCGAGCGAGGCCAGCAUACAGUGGAGCGUGGUGACGGCCAGCGCCGCGGACUUCUCCGCCUUGUCGGAGUUCAACGACGACAGCGUCAGCGCCAAGGUUGUGAAGACGAGGGUUGUUGGUCAAGUGCAGAAAAGUAGGCCGGCGGGAUUGCUCGGGUGCAAGAGCAUUGAGGCUGUGGAUGUUGCUGAUCAGAAUGUGUGUGUUAAGGCCUUCAGAGAGAAAAUGGGAGCGGACAAGGGGAAGAAGCCAAAACUGGGAGGUGCCGACGAUGAGAACAAUGGAAUCGAGCAGAUUGACUCCGGAGCUCGUUCUCUCAAUCGAAAAGCUUCAGGAAUUUCAGGACGAGCUUGA